AUGACUCAAGAAAUGAUCUCGCCCGUUCCGGCUAGUGCCGAGUACUAUGAUCUUUGCUCGUUUGGCCAUACCAUUACUACAACCAGUGUCGAUACACAAAUUUGGUUCAACCGCGGCUUGACAUGGGUCUACCCAUUCAAUCAUAUCGAAGGUGCUUAUUGCUUUGAGCAAGCUAUUGCUCAUGAUCCGAAUUGCGCGAUGGCGUACUGGGUCUUGCGUGUGAUAGGUUACGAUGCUUCCCAAAGGGCCAAAGAGUCUGCUGUGAAUGCUACACCUCUCGAGCAAGCUCUCAUUGAAGCGAUCCAGUACCGAUUUUUGUCCAGUAAGCCUGCCACGGAUUACCCGGCUCUGAAUAAAGGCUAUGCCGAUGCCAUGAAGCUGGUUUAUGACAAGUUUGGUCACGAUCUUGACGUUGCAACAAUUUAUGCCGAUGCGUUGAUGAAUAUUACGCCUUGGGCUUUAUGGGAUCUUUUUACUGGCAAACCAAAUCCUAAUGCCCCCACCCUACAGGCGCAAGCCGUACUAGAGCGGGCACUGGCUCAAGAGAAAGAUGGCGCGGAUAAAAACCCUGGAUUAAUUCAUCUAUACAUCCACUUCAUUGAAAUGUCACCCAAUCCAGAGCUUGGCAUCAAUGCCGCCGACAAGUUGAGAGAUCUUGUUCCAGAUCCUGGUCACAUUCAACAUAUGCCCACUCACUUGGAUAUCUUGGCAGCUCUUGACGCGGUCACCCGCAUGGAAUCAACUGUACCUGAAGAGGUUCUUCGCAUCCAGUCACCUCCGAUGGCUGACUGGCUGGAACAAUUUAUGGGCAUUUGUCUUCACGUUAUGGUGCGAUUCGGCAUUUGGGAGGAACUCAAGCUCAAAGAGCUACCCCACGACCGGGAAUUAUUUGCAGGUACCACAGCUACGACCCAUUAUGCCCGAGGUCUCGCAUUUGCAGCUACAGGUGAUAUCGCCUCAGCCCGGACAGAGCAAAGCCUGUUCCUUCAAGCUUGGGCUCAAGUUUCAGAAACCCGUCGAGCCUAUAACGGCAAGAUGGUGGACGUUCUUAAGGUCGCAGCUGCUAUGAUGGAGGGAGAAAUUGAUUACCGCUGUCAGAGUUAUGACAAGGCCUUUGAAUCCCUUCGCCGUGCUAUUGAUCUUGAAGAUAACCUUCCUUACAGUGAGCCUUGGUCAUGGAUGCAGCCAGUUCGUCAUGCCUAUGCUGCGUUGCUCAUGGAGCAAGGCCAUCUGGAAAAAGCAGAGCGCACCUAUCGCGCUGAUCUAGAAUUCGACACGACUGUUAUUCAUCCUCGCCGCCAUCCCAACAACGUUUGGUCACUUCAAGGUUACCAUGAGUGUCUUAUUCGACUGGGCAAAACGAACGAAGCUCUCAUGAUUGAGCAGUCGACCAAGCUAGCUCUUGCUGUUGCCGAUGUGCCGAUUAAGUCCUCAUGUUUUUGCCGUUUGGAUACCACUGGAGCGCCCAACGUCAACGGAUGUUGCUCCACUCAAAAUGAAGGUUGA